GAUGGCGGCGCCGGAGCCCCGCACGGUGCUGGUGCGGGGCCUCCCUCCCGGCGCCACGGCCGCCCUCCUGGAGAGGCUCUUCGGGCACCUGGGGCCGGUUCGCCGCUGCUUCGUGGUCACCGAGAAGGGCUCCCCGCAAUGCCGUGGGUUCGGCUACGUGACCUUCUCUUUGGCCGAGGACGCAGGGCGGGCGCUGCGGGAGCCGCCCGAGCUGGGGGGGCGGCGCCUAGGGGUGACCCUGGCCCGGCCGCGGCCCCGGCCCGAGGGCAGGGACAAGAACAAGGACAAAGACCAGGAGCCACCCCCGACCGCCCCCCGGCCCAAGAAGCCGCGGGGCCCCUCCCGCAAGGCGCGGCUGAUCCUGCGUAACCUCAGCUUCCAGUGCUCCGAGGAUGAGCUCCGGGCUCUCUUCACCCCAUUUGGCCCUGUCCUGGAGCUGAACCUACCCCGGAAGCCUGAUGGGAACCUGAGGGGCUUCGCCUUCGUCCAGCUCCAGAAUCUCCGGGAAGCAGCUGCGGCACUGAGGAGACUCAACGGGGCCCAGCUGCGAGGGCGACCACUGGCUGUGGAUUGGGCUGUGGCCAAGGACAAGUACCAGGGGACACAAGGACCCCCAAAGACUCCUGAGGGGGAACAGAAAGGGAAGGAAAAACAGGAAAAAGAGGAGGAGGAGGAAGAGCAAGGAGAGGAAGGGGAAGGGGGAGGGGAGGAAGAGGAGGAUGAAGAAGAGGAAUUGGAGGAAGAAGAAGAGGAGGAAGAAAAAGAUGAGGAAGAGGAGGAAGAAGCUGCCCAGCCCCACUGGCAGGCCCCAAAAGGAGCAUCAGAGGUCAGAGCUGGUCACAGGAAAAAAAAGAAGAGAGAGGAAGCUGAGGAAGAAGAUGAAGUACAACAGGAGGAAGAUGAGGAGGAUGAGGAAGCAGAGGAGCCCCCCAGGAAGCGCCAGCAGCACCUGUCGGAUGUGGGCGAGGGCAGGACAGUGUUCAUCCGGAACCUCUCAUUCGACACAGAGGAGGAGGAGCUGGAAGAGACCCUGAGCCAGUUUGGAGGAGUCUCCUAUGUCCGGCUGGUGCUGCACCCCCACACUGGGACCCCCAAAGGCUGUGCCUUUGCCCAGUUCAAGACCAUCGAGGGGGCCCAGAAAUGCCUUGAGGCUGCUCAAGAGGGGCCUGAGGGCGGGGGGCUCCGUGUGGGGGGGCGGUUGCUGCGCGUGGACCCCGCCCUGAGCCGGGAGCAGGCCCAGGGACUCCAGGGUCUGGGGGGGACCCGGCCCCGAAGCGGCACCAGGAACCUUUACCUGGCCCGUGAGGGGGCCAUCCGCCCGGGCUCCCGCGCUGCCGAGGGUGUCAGCGACUCGGACAUGGCCAAGCGAGUGCGGUUCGAGGAGCUGAAGCGGCGGCGGCUGCAGGACCCCAACAUUGGGGUGUCCCGGACACGGCUGUGUCUGCACAACCUGCCCAAGGCUCUGGACACGGCCCGGCUGCGGGCUCUGCUCAGGGGGGUCCUGAGGGCCCCGGGAGGAGCAGCACCCCGAAUUAUAGAGUGCCGGGUGAUGCGGGAGCUGCGGGGCCAGGGCCAAUCUUUGGGGUUCGCCUUUGUGGAGUUUGGGGAGCACGAGGAGGCCCUGGGUGCCCUGCGGCGCCUCAACAACAACCCUGAGCUCUUCGGAGCCCACAAGCGCCCAAUUGUGGAGUUUGCGCUCGAGGACCGGCGGAAGCUGCGGCUGCGGGAGCAGCGGAUCCAGCGGGGCCUGGCCAAAGCCAGGGCCAAGGUCAAGGCAGGACUCCCAGAGCCUCCCCUGGACCCCUCCCAGGGGCACCCAGCCCCCCCCACAGGCUCAGGGGGUCCGCAGGGCCCCCCCAGGGCGCCCCCGGGGACCCCCCCCGGGACCCCUUGGGCCGGGUUCUGCACGCAGGGCCCGGGGCACAGGGGGGCUCCUGGUGCUCCCCGCACCAAGGUGCUGGCAGUGCCCUCACACCACGGCCCCAAAAUCAGGAAACGGGACAAGGGGAAGGCUCAGCACCCCCCCAAGCCAUCCAAAGCCCCCAAGGGCUCUCAGCGGCGAGAGAAGCUCCGGCUGCCUCCCCACCAGAGCCAGCAGCGGCGCCGGGGGAGCCCCGGGGGAGCCGAGGCACGGUUCCAGGAGCUGGUGGAGAGGUACAAGAGGAAGAUUUUGGGGACCAACCCCCCCACAGCUCGGAGGAGCAAGUGGUUCGAGAGCUGAGACACCCACAAACCCCCUGACAUCCCAAAAAAAACCCCCUGGGGAUGCCGGGGGUCCCAAACAUUACAGGGGAGUUUUGGGGUGCUGCCCCCCCAUGAGGUCUGUGAGGGAUUGGGGGGGGUUGAGACCCUUGGGUCCCCCCCGCCCCCCCUGGGAUUUGGGGGUAUUCCCCCCCUGCCCCAUGGCUCUGUAGGUUUUAAUAAAAAUGGGGUU